UGCCACAAACCCGGCGGAGAUCGGAGGGGAAGGAGCACGCUGUCGGAGCUGCCGGGGGAGAGAUUAAGAGACAGAGAGAGAGACACAGACUGGGCAUUAAGGAGAGCGAGAGAGAGGAACAACAGAAAAAGCCAGUUUCAGUGAAGAAACGCACAGUUUGUAGGAGGAGAGCGGAGAGACUGCACGUUUCUCUCGUUUGGUUUUACGCACGCACUCCCGAGCUGCCUCCUCCUGGAGAUCUUGGGUUUUCUUUUGCGCCAGAGCGGACUGUUAUCAAGACAGAAUAAAAGGAGGGUACAAAUGGAGAAAAGAUUUUUUUCUUUCUUAAACACAUGUACUCUGUCCAAGUAAAUGCACCAGUUGAAAGUCGGGCAGUACAAAACAUUUUGGAAUAUUUUAUUGAACCGAAGGGGAAAGGCCCGCGUCACUUUUCCGAUUUUGUCAGACUUAAUAGUAGAUGUUUUUGGUUGUUUUGGUGGUUUCAGCCAUUGAUUUCUACUUUAUUUGAAACUUAUGAUUUUGCCUGUCACCCGUGUUGACGAGGUCUAUAUUCCCAUGCGCGCUUUGAUUAACAGAGGGACACAGUCCUGCCGAUUGUGCGCACCGAAAUGGAUUUCGCGGCUUUUAAAAUGUGUUUUGAGUGAAACCUGCGUUGAUUUCUGAUCAGUAUGCGCUGAUCAAAAGCAGUGUCACACAUUGACACAACCCAUGCAAACUGUUUUUUAUUCAGCUUGAUAUUGUCGGAGAGCCCAAUGAAGGCAGCUCUGCAUUAGUAGUGGGUCUUGGUUACGAGUCGUGUUGCGCUUGAGAGGAACAGAAACCUCCCAGAAGAAAAGGAGACUGGACUGCACCUUUCUCAAAUAAAGUGAAUAAAAGAGGGGAGAAGAGCUGAUUUUUCUCCACAGAAGAUGGAUUUAUAUAUAUGGUUAUGUGGAUGUUUACUGGCUCUUCUGUUGCCUCCAGCGGUCAAAGCAGAAGAAGGAGCAUCUGAGCCAUGUGGUGGCUAUUUAGACGCUAGUGAUGCCGGAUACAUCACCACACCUGGCUACCCGCUGGAGUACCCACCUCACCAGAACUGUCAUUGGGUCAUCACAGCUCCCGAGCCUUCACAGCGCAUUGUCCUCAACUUUAACCCACACUUUGAGAUAGAAAAACUGGACUGCAGGUAUGACUACGUCGAGAUCCACGAUGGAAACUCGGAGACAGCUGACUUACUAGGGAAACACUGCAGUAACAUCGCCCCUGCGCCCAUCAUAUCGUCAGGUCCCUCGCUCCACAUCAAGUUUGUAUCAGACUAUGCCCACCAGGGGGCGGGCUUCUCGCUGCGCUAUGAGAUCUUCAAAACAGGUUCAGAUUGUUCCCAUAACUUCACCAGCCCCUCAGGUCUCAUUGAGUCCCCGGGCUUCCCUGACAAAUACCCCCACAACCUGGAGUGCUCCUUCAUCAUCAUCGUCCCCCCGAGCAUGGAUGUAACCCUCACUUUCCUCACUUUUGACCUGGAGAAUGACCCCCUGCCAGGUGGGGAGGGCGACUGCAAAUACGACUGGCUCGAAGUGUGGGACGGGCUCCCAGGAGUGGGCCCUUUGAUUGGCCGGUACUGUGGGACCAGGGUGCCUCCUGAGAUCCAGUCGUCUACUGGGAUUCUCUCUCUGUCUUUCCACACUGACAUGGCAGUGGCUAAAGAUGGCUUCUCAGCUCGCUACAACAUGACACACAAGGAAGUCAGUGAGACGUUCCAUUGUAGCUAUGCAUUCGGUAUGGAGUCAGGAAAGAUCACAGACGACCAGAUCACAGCCUCAUCAAGUUUCUAUGAUGGUCACUGGCUGCCACGACAGGCCCGACUCAAUUACAACAACAAUGGAUGGACGCCCGGUGAGGACAGCAACAGGGAGUACAUACAGGUGGAUCUCCAUACUUUGAAGGUGCUUACAGGCAUUGCCACACAGGGUGCCAUUUCAAAGGAAACUCAAAAAACCUACUAUGUCAGCACCUUCAAGCUUGAGGUCAGCACCAAUGGAGAGGACUGGAUGGUCUACAGACAUGGCAAGAAUCAUAAGGUUUUCCAUGCCAACACCGACGCCACAGAGGUGGUUCUCAAUCGCAUCCCACAGCCAGUCCUGGCCCGUUUCGUACGAGUCAGACCUCAGACAUGGAAGAACGGCAUUGCACUGCGGUUUGAACUUUACGGCUGUCAGAUUACGGACGCUCCAUGCUCAGAACUGCAAGGCAUGUUGUCUGGUCUGCUGCCUGACUCCCAGAUCUCUGCAUCCUCCAUGAGGGACAUCCACGGAUCCAUGGGAGCAGCCAGACUGGUGGCCAGUCGGUCAGGCUGGUUUCCUAACCCAACACAACCCAUAGCUGGAGAAGAAUGGUUACAGGUGGACCUUGGUGUGUCCAAGAUGGUGCGUGGUAUUAUUACCCAGGGUGCAAGAGGGCUGGAGGGCAGCACCAGCACUGAGAACAGGGCGUUUGUCAGGAAGUACAAACUGGCGCACAGCUUGACCGGCAAAGACUGGAGCUACAUUACUGACAGCAAGACUGGGUUUGCUAAGAUUUUUGAAGGGAACAGCCACUAUGAUACUCCAGAGGUGAGGAGGUUCGAUGAGAUAGUGGCCCAGUACAUCAGGGUCUUUCCAGAGAGGUGGUCGCCUGCUGGGAUUGGCAUGAGGAUAGAAAUCCUUGGCUGUGACCUGCCCGAAACCAGCACUGUACCUGACAUCGUGUCCCCCACCCUGCCCAGAGCGGAGCAGACAACUGCUGCAAUGAGACCUGCCACCACCCCGUCAUUGUCUGCUGUAUGCGACUUUGAGCAGAGCUUGUGCGGCUGGUCAGCUGAUCCCCAGUCAGGCGUGAGCUGGUCCCUGCACACAGCCAGCAGCAGUUCAGCUGGACAGGACACACAGGGACCCAGGCAGGAUCUGGCACUGGGGUCAGACAAUUUCUCAGGGAACUACCUCCACCUGGAUGCAGGCUCCCACACCCAACGCAAGCGAGCCCGGCUGCUGAGCCCCGAGGUGGCGCCAGAGCGAGGCCCUCUUUGCCUCCUUUUCUACUACCAGCUCCAGGGGGAGGCACAGGGCAGCCUGAGGGUCCUGCUGAGGGAUAGUGACCAGGAGGAGACACUGCUGUGGGUGCUUAAAGGAGACCAGGGUCCCCAGUGGAGGGAGGGCCGUACCAUCAUACCUCAAAGCCCCAAAGAGUAUCAGGUGGUGUUUGAAGGCUUCUUUGACCACCCAACUAGAGGCCACAUCAAAAUUGAUAACAUCCAUAUGAGCAACAGCAUCGAGUUAGAGCACUGUACACAGCCUUUCCCUGCCUUAACUCCUGGCAUAACAAGGGGUGCCAUGUCUGGGACGAAACCCACAGUAGACACAGUGGUGGCGCAGUCUGUCCCUGCCUACUGGUACUAUAUGUUGGCAGGAGGUGGUGCCCUUUUGCUGCUGGCCACUAUAACCGUGGUGGUGAUACUGUCCUGCCGUAGGUACCACUGGGCAACCAAGAAGACCAGCGGUAGCCAACACCAUCAUUCAGUGAUGUACCACAACAGCCAACAUCCAAAUCAACAAGGUCCCCAAAACUGCUACCACAACCAAAACCUCAGUUAUACUCUAGUCCAUGGCCCCAACCAGAACCACGUGUACUCAGGUACCGGGACAAGUCUUGAUCCCAUGCUCACCAUAAGGCUGGAGAAAGACAAUCACUGUGAUUCUGAGUGUUAAACCUACUGGACUCGUGAAUGAUACAAAUUUAUUAGAAUGCUGUGUUCAAAUAAUGUGAUCAAGGGGUGUGAAAACUCCCUGAAAUGAAUGGUAAGAAUAACUGCUACUCUUCUCUGAUGAGAAUCUACACCGAGGAGACACUACAACUCUUCUUGCCAAUGACUUAUCUGACUGACUGAAGAUGAGGAUGCACUUUUGAUGAACUUCCUGGUUGGCUGAAACUGGUAGAAUGAUGACUAUCCCUUAGUGGAGAGAGCAAACUGAAGAACUGACUCUGUGGGCUGAACAUUAUAGACUUUUUGAUGCCCUUAAGAGUGCGCUGGCUCUUACGGCUGCACUGCUGCCUGAAAAUAAGAUUGAUUAUGAACAGGAUAACAACAAAAUCACCAACAGAUUGAUUAAUAGACCGCAAACAACAUAUAUGUACAAUGUCAGUGUUCUAACAGCAUAAUUUUCUUCUCUUUAAUGCCAGAGCACGAUAUGUCAGAGCUGUGUGAACCCUGCCUGCCUAUAGAUACCCUGUCUGUCAGUGAAGGGGUUUACACCCAGGUAGACAUUGUGUUUGUGUGCUGCAUAAAAAGAGAAAGUUCUUUCUUUGGGUCUGAAUGUUGCUGCAGUUUAUUUGUCCACUAGCCUUCGAGAGAUUGACAGCGACAGAGAAAGUUUAACAACACAAAAGGGAAAGGUAAAGGAAGAAUUAGUGCUGCCUGUCCAGCUGUGACUGAUAGACAGCUACACAUCCUCCGUGUGUUAACUUCUUUGCUCUGUGGACGAGGAAUCUGUGUUUACAUACGGGGAAAGUAGAAUGAGACGGCUUACAUCAAAUCCUUCACACCUAGAAACAGACACCUCAAGACUUUUAUUCAUUACAUCCAGGAUAUGCCUUUAGAUAAACUAUUACUUCCUCAUCUCCAGAAUGUAGUAGUGCCUCAGUGUCACAUAAGAAUAUGGACUCUUUACAGCUUGUCACCUGGAUCUCAUGGAAAAUCCAACACUUGUGUCUGUUAACUUGAGCAUUUGAAGAUGCAGGUCCUUCCUGUGCAAGAACAAAGAAUCUUAAAAUCUUUAUUUUGUGGACAUAGUCUUGAUAUCAUGGAUUACACGUUGAGAAUUUGCAGCAUACUGGCCUGGUAGUGAGACCAAACUUGUUGUGACAAAGAGGAUCUUACUGUAUUUACAUAGUUUUAGAAAGUCACUGAUUUUUGGUCAUUUCAUUCAUCAUGCUGUGUAAAGUAAGACUGACUCCAGUGCAGCACUAUCACAUGUUUAGCUGUUUACAGUGUAUGUUGGCAUCCAUCACUGUGUUUUCGUUUGUGUUGAGCAUUUCAUGAUGCACUGCUGAUAAGUUGUUAAGGGUAAUAUUUGCACUUUUCUUAUUACUAUUCAUUUAUUGAAGGUUGAUUUCUUACAUUUACUGUGAGUCUUAAAAAAGCUACAGUAUGUGGAGUGAGGUACUGGCAGUGAAUUAAAUACAGUACCAGUAUUUUCUUUACCGUCAUACGUUACAGUAGGCCUACAUCUGAUUUUGAUGUGUAAUAGUUUAUAUGUAUUAACUAUUGUAAAAAGGCAACUGUCAUGUUGAUUGUGUUCACUGAGAUGGUUUUAGCAGCUUUUCUUGACUUUGAUCUAAUGUCAGAACCUCCAGUUGAAGCCAUUGUGCAACAGCAUGUGUCCUUCAAUAUAAACAUGCAGUUUAAUUAAGAUAGGGACACAAGAUGGAAGCAAAUCAUUGUGUUCUUUCUAUUUGAAUGAUGUACAAAAAAGAAAGAAAGAAAGAAAUUUGCUUGGUCUUGGAUUGUGACAUCACUGAAGCUGGACAUCCUACAGUCGUAUUUAUUUUGUGGACUUCUUCUCAUCUCACCAUCUUGUGUUGUGUGUUACCCCCAUACAUCAUUUUGCCCAAGUCUCUCAGCCUGUUUUUUUAUAUGAAAACCUUCUUGUUCCUAUUCUGCUCCUUCCCAUCAUUGUAAAUCCUCCCAGUAAAAAACACAGGAGUGAAAACGAAAGGCAGAAAUGAAGGAGAACAAAAUCUCUCAGAGGAGAAGGGCCCAUUAAGUGAGCCUCCUUUCUGUCCAAAGAAUGUGCCCAAAGCUGGACGGAGAUGAAAGCAGUUUAAAAUAAAAAAAAAAUAAAGAAAACUCCUCUCUUUUCUUUCUAAAGAUAGUUUUUUAUUUACUCCAAGAGGAAGGCAUGAAGAAGGGCAGGUUGGGGUUUGGAUUGAAGGAGGAAGACAACUAAAGGAGGAGGGCAGGUUGUUUCAAACACAACAGAUGAAAGAAGCCUUUUGGUAGAAUAGACUGUGUGAUGGAGAUGUGCAUUAUAUGCACUGCACACAUACGCUCGUACGCAACUAGCUAACAAAUGCAAACCUUAGUUAAAAACCCAGGUUUCCAAUAAGCUAUCAAAUUUAGUAGUUUAAAUCAUUGCGUAAUGCAUUUAACUUCUUUCAUUAUAAAAUGAUCUUUUGUGCUUUUUUCUUUUACUCAUUUUGUGCUUGCAUAUCCAUUUUCCACCUCCUUAGCCCCUCUCCUUUCCAUUUCAAUCGACUUGCGAAUGAUUUACACAUUAUAUGACUCAUUCUAGCAGCCCUGUGCAGUAACCCAAUCAAUGUAGGCCCAAAAUUCACAUAGAGGAAUGAUAUAUGGCUGUAGUUGUUGUGCUGCCCGUGCACUUUUCCCUCUCAGUCUCUCUCCCUCUUUCUCUCUCUAUCAAACUUUUGCAAGAUUUGGAAAAUAUGCUGGCAUCUUUUCAUGCACCACUUUUAAAUCAACCUCCCCGCACUUCUCUGUCCCUACUCUAUCACAGACUACUUUGAGGCCCUUUAAUAUUUCUAAUUAGUUAAUGGAGCUGAUGGCAUUCAUAAAGCCCUGCAGUAAGCAUUUCUAGCCCAGGCCAUCUCUAUUUUUUUCUUUCUUCCUCUAUUUCCUAGAGAAAUAUUACAAGUGAAAGCAGUCCAACUGGUCCUCUGGCCCCCACUGGAGCAGCGUUUGGUGCCAAAGAGCCAUCCACGUCUUUGCCUGAAUAAAAAGCCCCCUUUUUAUUCCUCUCUUUACUAAUUGGAGAGUAGAGAUAAAAUGGGACUACAGGGAGUUUUAGUCUCCUUUCUGUGAUGAUGAUUCUCAGGAUCCUAGCCUGAGGCGUUAAGCCAGGAUCAUUAGAAAGUGUUAAACAGGCGUCCAGGGUGUCCGAGCAUCUCUCUUUUUUGUUUCUACUUCUUUUGCUAGUUACUUCUUGAAGGUUUUGUCAAGGCUUGCGGUGAUUUCAGCUGAUGUUGAGAAAAGAGAAUUUAGAGUGUCGAGCAUCUGUUGUGAGACUGUACAUUUACACAGUCAGGAAACAGGACAGAAGACUGAUUAGAUGCCUUCAUGUGCAUGUACUGUACAAAUUGUAGUCUUACUCAAAGAGCACAUGUCAGUAGGACCUCCAUAAAAUAUUGUAAUUUACAGUGUGGCUUCUGGAAUAAACAUUUAUAAAUGUACAGGUUUUGUUUUAGCUUCAGGGCUAACCCCCUGUUCUGCACAGUUACCUCAGAAUACCUGCAUCUCUUUUCCACUGACCAACGUGACAACAUUUAUUUGUUUAGUACAAUUCUUAAAGCUACUAACAACAUUAUUUGAGAUCAUAGACCUAGUCUACUGGGCCACUCUGGAGGUUUCCCAGCUUUCAUAUCUCUACGUGUGUCUGACACUUUUACUUUUCACUUGUAUAUCGCUAGUUUGUUCUCAUCCUCAUUUUAGUGAAGUGAAAUCUCAGAUCUAAGGUGUAAAGUGCAGCUAUACUGAGUUUUUGGAAAAUCUAUCCUGAUGACAUGAUUUUUGUUAAAUGAAUCAGUGAUGUUGCUAUUGUUUAUUUAGUUGUUUUAAUAAUAGUUUUUUUUAUCAGAAAGGUUUUUCUUAAUGUAAAUCUGUUCAAAGCAGGAAAGAAACAUGGCUUCAGCAGUGGAUGAGCUGAAUUCAGUUUUAUUCAACCUGUGACUAGUUUAGACUCCUUCAAACUGAAUCAAACCAGCCUUGAAGUGGUUACCUUCUUAAAGUAGUUGUUCAUCCCUGGUUUCAGACACGUCACUGUUGUGCACUUUCUCUGCCUAUGUGAAAAAAUACCUUGACUGUAUGACUGCCUUUUAACCUACUCUGGAUUUCACCAGCUUGUACUUCAAGUAAAUACUGAACUACAGAAGUGCAUACAAAGCCAAUAGUGAUACCAUGAUCAAAUUAUUCAUUUCAAUUUAGAGAAGGCCUCAACAGCCAAAACACACUUGAGAUUAAAAACCCUCCAAUUAGUAUAGGAUUUGUUGGUUGCUGUAAUAUUUGAAUUGAAAUUGAAUUGAGUCCAUUUCUUUUGUUUAUUCUCUAACUAAUUUUGGAGAUCAAUUUUGGGCCAAUGUCAAACAAACAAAAACUCAGUCUUUGAUUCUUUGAUUUCAAGAAAAUGACCUCAUAUUUAAUCCAUGGCAAAUGUUUUUGUUUCACAGACAACAGGUGUCAGCUAAAAAUAUUAACGUAUUGUAUUGGAACUUUGUAACGACUGUUACAGGAGGUACAGUAUAAUAUGGAGAUGCCACAUGUUAAAAUAGUCUCUUAGACAAUGACAUUAUCUAACUGAGGAAAUUAGGCUGUGUAUCUUUUUUUCAUAUCUACUAAAUUAGUUUUUCACCUGCUAUCUUUUCAAUAUCUAUUACGGUGUCACUUCAUAAUGUGGUUUUGGUUACUUUGCCCCAGC